GUUUCUUCAAAUAAAUCCCUAUCCCACCCCCCUCCUCUACGCCAUCAUCACUGUGAGCUUUCAAUAUCCCCGCUGAGAAGAAAUCUCAUUACAGAGCUUUCUUUUCCAACCCCUAUGGAUCAAUGGGUGACAACAGAUGAGGACAUCGAUGGACAACAACGAGGCAGUAGAACACAAACAUACUUGUUUCCCCUGAAAUCCCAAUCUUCCAGAGAGAAAACAACGGCGGGCUGGUUGGGAAGGCAAUUUUUGCAGCAAAUGAGUCGAGGGAAUGAAUUUUCCGACGACGAAAUAGAGCGUGUAACCGCCGUAGCCGCCGCCGCCUAUGCAAUUCAUUCCAUUCAGAAUUCAGAAAUCGCGAGACGCAGAAAGAAUGCCGAUUAUCCUGAAACGUCGUCGUUCCCAAAGUUUACACACCUCAAGGAAGACAAUCGCCCCCCCACUCCUCGUCCGGCGCCGGAACCUGCUAAGCUUUCCCGGCGGUUAAUAGAUAAAGAUCAUCUGCAAGAUCCUGAACAAAGCCAACGAAGGAAUGUGUCAGUGACCCACGAACAACCAAAACGGAAACCAACGGAAAACACAACCGAUCCCGGUAGCCGUCCAUACUUCAAAGAGACAGCUUUUUCCGGCAACAAACCAGACACCUCCGGCAGCCGAAGAACAGACCCAGAGAAACCAUCAAACAUCUCCGGCAGCCGAAGAACAGAAACAGAGAAACCAGCAGGCAUCUCCGGCAGCCGAAGAACAGAACCAGAGAAACCAUCAAACAUCUCCGGCAGCCGAAGAACAGAACCAGAGAAACCAGCGGUAGUCCCAAGACCUCCAACUCCAUUUAAUCGGCCGACCGACCCACAAAAGCCACUCCCAACCCAAACCAGACCUUAUGAUUCAAGAGAAACAAAAGCAGAUCAGUGGGAAAAGGCUGAGAUGGCUAAAAUCAACGAGAGAUUCCAUAAAGUGAUCGAGACAGUAUCUUACUGGGAAAGAAAGAAGAGGGACAAAGCCAGGAGGAAAUACGAUGAAUCACAGGCUGCGGGCGUGAAGAGGUCGAAGAGGGAAAAGGGAAUAAAGAAAUUCGAGGAAGACAUGGAUUUUAUAAAGCAAAUUGCAGAAGAAGCAAGAGCCAAAGCCGAUCAAAAGCGAAGAAAUGAUAUUCUUAAAGCUAAUCAAAAAGCAGAUAUUAUCAGACAAACAGGGGACCUCCCUGUUUCUUGUUCCUGCUGCUGAACACUAACGAAUUACAUUAUCAAACUUCGUAAUCACUUUGUUGACCAUCAAACUGUAAUGAUUUGACUUCUUUUUUUCUUCUUUUUGUGUGCACAUUACUGAAUGAUUGCUCUGUGAACAAAAAUAACCAGUAAUUCGUGUUGCUUUCAAAUGGGUUCUCUGUUUUACUCUGUUUUCAUCGUUUAAUUUGUUGGUUCUCU